GUGUUGUCGUGGGGGUGUUUCAUCGUGGGCAUUUCCUGCCGCCGUUGCGUCCACUACAUCCGGUUUGUUUCUUUUUGUCUCGUUCACCGUCCCAUUCCAUUGACUUCAUCACACCUGUCUGCACUUUACGUUUGUUCUUAUCGGCUGUGCAAAAGAAAAGAAAAAUAGAAAGUUCGAUUUGGAGUCGUGACACUUGUAUCGCCGCACGCACGCACGCACGCCAUUUCGAACGCACUCUCUAUCUUAGCUCGGGCGCUUUCCUCUCGUGUGAGUGUGUGUACAUCUCGUCGUCUUCUUGAUCCUCCGAGGAGAUAAAAAAAUUCCUUUUUCCUCUUCGCUGCUCCGUCAUGCGGCGCUCUGUCUUUUACAUGGGCCGUAGCUUCACGCAGCGGCACCUCAACGCAGCGCGCAGCCCGCUUGCCGCAGGCUUCGUCCGGCCGAACCUGUUCUCCUCGACUGCGCAGAACCUCGCUGCCUCCCCUCUGUGCAGCUUGGCGUGCUUUGGUUCUGGCGGAGUUGCGGGUGCGAGCGGUGCGCUCGUCGCGUCGCCGGAUGCCGCGCUGUGCCAGUUGCUCACGACGAUCCUCGCCCAAGGCAAGUCGCUAUCCGUGCUGGCCAACCUGGUGUGCAUUCAAAAUAUAUCAACUUGCGUCUUUGCAUGCGAAAGAGUAUUAGUUGGGUUUAUGGUUCGCUCUCCGUGUCCCAAAACGGGGAGGGUUGCGACCACCGAUUGACGUGUUGAGAGUUCGCAGCGGUGUAUUACAGAUGCAGCGGCGUAAAGGACGGGCGUGUUUUUUUUCCCAACGCCUGUCUUUCUUUGCUUGAACCUGUUGUACAUGCACCGAUACCUUUUCCAACCCCUUAACACGGUGUACUUCAUCGGUUCGUUUGCGUUCUGGCGUCUCGCAUGUCUUUUUAUUUCUAUCCUCACAGUGUUUUUAGCUCCUUUUUAAAAAUCCAUUUUGGAGGCGGUUGGCGGGAGGAAGUUCGUGUUGUGCGUCUGGCAAGCAGACAACGAAACAGCAUCGAUCACUCAGAGAAAGAAGCAGGUAACGACUUCUGCAAUGAAAUCGGGUGUAUUGCGGAAAGCAACGGAUGGUCUCGGCUACUUCAGCGCAUCCAUCUUCGUACUUCAACUUACGCAUUUCGCUCGAUUCGGACUUUCAUUGGCCCAGUGGUGUGUUGUUUGUGUAUGCGACUCGUGUUUUUUUUUUUAUUGGAGUUUUCUUUGGUGAUUCACGAAUGUGUUGUGCAAGCGUGAUGGGACAAUAGCAACGAAAAGGGUGAAGCCACUUUCUGCGGCAAAUGAAGACGAGUCACGCGUGCCCUGCACCGGAAGGAGCUUGUGUGGUUUCUCAAUCCUUUUUCCCGUCUUGGUGAGCAUGGUGAUGAAGAGGUCUCCUGCGUGAGCAACGUAUAUAUGCAUUUAUUGCUGGCACGUGGUUGUGAUAUCACGUUAAAUUCACAGAAAGCUGUGCACUAUGCAGAAAGGUACCGAGAAGAGGGGAUGGGACACACAAAAGACUCUGUUUGCCAGCGACCGUCUACUGGCUAAGAUGCUCACACCUCGCAAUUCAUUGGAAAUCGACACAUGAUUUGACUAUUAUUACUAUUAUUAUUCACUUCACCAUCCUUUCGUUCUCUUGCUGUCACCCUCUCAGUAGAAACGUCGAACAUUGUUUCUGUGGCUGACCCUCCUCAGGAGUGCACUGAACGCCUCUCCUUUUUUUUUCCCUCCAACAAAAUGAAUCUAGGUGUCAAGCAGGAGUCAUUCCGCAUCGAGAUGAUGAUGACUUCGCUGCGCAACGAGUGCGUGAACCUCUGCUGCAAGGAUUUCUCUCAAAUGGAACUCACGAAGGACGAGGUGCACUGCAUCGACCGCUGCUCCUGGCGGUAUCUGCACACGAACAAGAUCAUCUCGAACGCGCUGGAUCGCUCGAAUCAAGGCGCUAAAAAGAAGCUGUGA